AUGCCGAGGCAAUCAACGCAGGAGUGGAUGCGGCUCUCUUUGCGCACUCCGGGCAUCCUGAUCUUCGGGAUGGUCAUGGCUCCCUGCGGCUGGGUGCUGGACCUGGUCGCGACCGUGGCCCCAAACUGGAGGACUCUGAGCAAUGUUCCCAAUCUUUCUUCCGAUAAGUUCAUUGAACAAGGAAUCUGGGAUAUUUGUAUUGCAUCCACAAUAAGCUCCGGUGCUCAGUGCGGCCAAACGGACACCCAGUACUUCGGUUACAAGAUCAUACAGCCCGCACAGGGUAUGAUGGUGGCCUCUCUCAUCGUGACUCUAAUCGGGUUGGCUGUUGCCAUCCCGGGGGUCCGCUGUUGGAAAGACAGGCCAAACUGGGUAGUUGCCGGUCUGGGUGGACUGCUGAUCUUUUGCUCAGGCGUCUUGACCAUCAUACCGAUCUCUUGGUACACCAACAGCCCCCCAAACAUCACAACGCCCGGAGUCAAUACAGCAGCGAUAACUACGCAAGUCGGCUACUGCAUCAUUCUGGGCUACAUCGGCGGGAUAUUUGAAGUCUUGGGCGGUUUCGUUAUGUUCAUCGGGAUCUGCCGCUGCUGUGGAGGGAAGAACCGGGGAGAGGUCCGGGUUGAAGAGGUCAUGCGUCGCAGAGAACCGAAGACCCCGGCCAGGCGCGUUGAAGUGCCGAAUCUCAGUCGGGCCAGGAGCGGUGCCAGCAACAGUAGCGUCCCGUACUCCAGGGACUCAAUGGAUGACGAUGUGUCCUUCCCACGGGCCAAGAGCCCCCCUGCCCGGUCAGUGAACACCGUCAACAGCAGACCCUUUGAUGCCGACCUGUGA